AUGGGUACUAAGCUAUCAGUUUCAUUGGAAGGCGCCUUGCAACCUGAGGUAGCACCUCGCGUAGACAGACCACCAACUUUUGAUCCAAACUAUGGAUUCGAGAAGCCAAGAAAAGUCCGAGAGAUGAAGGCCACUUGGGAAGAAAUGGAACAAUGGAAACUGAAGCCAGGACAACGUGACUACUGUGCUCACUUGCUUAUUCCUUUAAUGAAGUGUCAGGCUCAAAACGCUCCAUUUGCUGGCCAUGCUUGUGAUAGUGAACGCACAGCUUGGGAUUUAUGCGAGUAUGACGACCAUAUCAUGCGUAUUAAGGAGUUUGAGCGCGAACGACGACUUUUACAAAGAAUGGCGAGAAAGGAAGCUCAAGCUAAUUAA